AUGUCGAGUUGUACUCGACUGCUGCUGGUUGCUGCGUUAUUGUUCGCUGAUGCCUCCAGCCAAUUUAUGACUGGUCCGGCGUUCUUCGGUAAUCCUCAGUCAAUGCAGGCAGCGGUGAUAUCUCCUGUGAUGUCGUCGAACUCGAACUCAUCGUCAGCUUCCUCUCCAUCCGGAUCGUUGCAAGGCUCGAAAACGUCGUCCAACGACGACUCCAGUAGCAGCAGUGGUGAGUCCAGCGUCGACGGCUCGGAGGGCUCUGCAAGUGAGGGAAGUGGAGACGAAAGCGGCAGCUGGAGCUGGAGUAUGGACUCGGAAUCCGGCAGUUCGAGCAUGGAGUACGGGUGUGACUGUCGCUCAGUUCGUCGAGUCUCGCUCAUGGGGGCCUCGGACUACUGCCUUGAUCCAAAUGCCUCACUCAGUAGCAAGUGCGGUAAUGUUCAAUUGGCAGAAAGUGGAGCUUGUCCCAUCACUGGAGCGCAGCCGUGUUCACCCAAGGGCCACGUCCUGGCGAAUGACUCACUGUGUGCGCUGGACGACAAGGACGAGACGUACAAGUGCGUGGCCAGCAAGCACGACUUGGACAUUCAGAAGCACGGCAAGAAGAAGAAAAAGAAAAACAACCGCCGCCAUGGGUCAGAUUCGUCAACGAGCAUGGCUCCGUCGCUAUCGGCUCGUCAAGUGGUAGCCAUUGUGGUCUGUGUCGCAGCUGGAGUUAUGGUGGUAGUGUAG